UCCGAAGUGAAUGAAUACAAGCGUUUGUACGAAGAGUUGCAUUCAUUAGGUUCGGGAGCUUUUGGGGAAGUGCUGACGAUUUACGGGAAUAAUAUUGUGUCCAAUAUAUCAGUCAAUGUCUGCAGAAUAUUCUUCAUCACAAACCACAAGUAUUUGGUCGACAACCGGGAGAACACA